CUCUCUCUCUCCCUCUCUCCCUCGUUGAAUUCGCUUCCUUCCACUGUUCUUCUUCUUCUUCUUCAUCUUCUUCUCCACUUCUCUCGCUUCCUCAAUCCCAUUCCACUUCCUCUAAUUCCUUUCUGCUUCUCUCUUUUCUUUUCCCGGCAAUUUCACCCCCUCGCUCCCAUUCGCUUUCUCUUCCCUCCUUUUCGCCGGAACCCUCCCUUCCUUUUCACUUUCCCACUUCCCACUCUCUUCUUCAUGCCACUCCUCCUCUACCCUCUCUUUCCCCACCCAAUUCUACUCUUUCUUCUCCAGAUCUGACCCUUGCCCUCCCGGAUCCGUCUCCAUCAACCCCUGUUAUGGAGGAAGCCUUGGAACUCGCUCGUGCCAAAGACACCAAGGAGCGCAUGGCUGGUGUUGAACGCCUCUAUGAACUUCUUGAAGCUUCUAGAAAGAGCUUGAAUUCCGUUGAGACUACUUCCUUGGUUGACUGCUGUCUCGAUCUUCUCAAGGAUAACAACUUUAGGGUUUCCCAGGGUGCUCUCCAGGCUUUGGCUUCUGCUGCUGUCCUCUCUGGUGACCAUCUCAAGCUGCAUUUCAAUGCUCUUGUCCCUGCUGCUGUUGAGCGAUUGGGUGAUGCUAAGCAGCCUGUCAGAGAAGCUGCUAGGAGGCUCUUGCUCACUCUCAUGGAGAUUUCUUCACCUACAAUCAUUGUUGAAAGAGCUGGCUCUUAUGCAUGGUCACAUAAGAGUUGGAGAAUACGAGAAGAGUUCGCAAGAACUGUUACAUCAGCCAUUGGUUUAUUUGCAUCAACUGAGCUAACACUUCAGCGGGCCGUGCUACCUUCGAUUUUGCAGAUGUUGAAUGAUCCAAAUCCUGGAGUUAGGGAAGCAGCUAUAGUUUGUAUUGAGGAAAUGUAUACACAGGCUGGGCCACAGUUGCGUGAUGAGCUUCAGCGCCACCACCUUCCUACUUAUAUGGUGAAAGAUAUUAAUGCCCGGCUAGAAAAAAUUACACCUCAAGUUCGGUCCUCGGAAGGACUGACUGGGAGUUUUGCAGUUGCGGACAUGAAGCCUGUAAAUAUUAACUCAAAGAAAAAUAGUCCAAAGGCUAAAAGUUCGAACAGAGAGGUUUCUCUUUUUGGAGGAGAAACUGAUGUAACAGAAAAACAGAUAGAUCCUGUAAAAGUGUAUUCGGAGAAGGAGCUCAUUAGAGAAAUUGAGAAGAUAACUUCUAUCCUUGUUCCAGAUAAAGAUUGGUCUAUUCGCAUAGCAGCCAUGCAGAGAGUAGAGGGCCUUGUUUCUGGAGGUGCUGCUGACUAUCCAAGUUUUAGGGGAUUGUUGAAACAACUGGUUGGACCUCUCAGUACUCAAUUAUCUGAUAGAAGGUCUAGCAUAGUGAAGCAGGCUUGCCAUUUGUUAUGCUUUUUAUCCAAGGAACUUUUGGGAGAUUUUGAAGCCUGCGCCGAAAUGUUUAUUCCUGUUCUUUUCAAGCUGGUGGUCAUCACUGUUCUUGUAAUUGCGGAGUCUGCAGAUAAUUGCAUAAAAACGAUGCUACGUAACUGUAAAGUUUCACGUGUGCUUCCUCGCAUAGCUGAUAGUGCAAAAAGUGAUCGAAGUGCUGUACUACGUGCACGGUGUUGUGAAUACGCACUUCUCAUUCUUGAGCAUUGGGCUGAUGCACCUGAGAUACAGCGAUCUGCUGAUUUGUAUGAAGAUCUAAUCAGGUGUUGUGUGGCUGAUGCAAUGAGUGAGGUUCGAGCCACUGCACGAGUAUUGUAUAGGAUGUUCGCGAAAACUUGGCCAGAGCGUUCCAAACGUUUAUUUUCCUCCUUUGACCUUGUGAUUCAAAGAUUAAUUAAUGAAGAGGAUGGGGGUAUACAUAGGCGACAUGCAUCUCCAUCUGUUCGUGAUAGAGGUACAAUGAUGUCACUCAACUCUCAAACAUCUACUGGUUCAAGCUUACCUGGAUAUGGAACUUCUGCUAUUGUUGCAAUGGAUAGAAGUUCGAGUUUAUCAUCUGGGACAUCACUCUCUACUGGACUUCUGUCUCAGUCAAAGACUUCUGUUGAUGGUUCUGAACGUAGUCUGGAGAGUGUGUUGCACUCAAGCAAACAGAAGGUCAAUGCAAUUGAAAGCAUGCUCAGAGGCUUGGAUAUAUCUGAGAAACACAACGGAAAUCUUCGAUCAUCUAGUUUGGAUCUAGGAGUUGACCCUCCAUCAUCUCGUGAUCCACCCUUUCCUCAAGCUUUACCCGCAUCUAAUCAUUUCAGUAACUCUUCUACAGCUGAUCUAACUGCGUCAAAUACGAAUAAAGUAAGGAGCCGCCAAGGUGGAUUGGGUUUAUCUGAUAUCAUCACUCAAAUUCAAGCUUCCAAAGGUUCUGGUAAAUUGUCACAUCGCAGCAAUGUGGUUAAUGAACCUUUGUCUACUUUUUCAUCUUACCCAUCAAAGCGGGUUGUUGACCGACACCAGGAAAGGGGUUUUGUCGAGGAGAAUAGUGAUAUUAGAGAAGCUAAGCGGUAUAUUACCCCACAAAUUGAGAAGCAUUACUUGGAUGUAACUUAUAGGGAUGGGAAUUACAAGGAUUCUCAUAACAGUUAUAUUCCCAAUUUCCAGAGACCACUAUUGAGAAAGAAUGCAGCUGGGCGAAUGUCUGCAACUAGGCGUAGGAGUUUUGAUGAUAGCCAGCUACCACUUGGGGAAAUGUCAAGUUACGUUGACAGUCCAGCAUCUCUUAGUGAUGCUCUUAGCGAGGGUCUUAAUCCAUCUUCUGACUGGUGCACUAGGGUUGGCACCUUUAAUUAUCUUCAGUCUCUGCUGCAGCAGGGUCCAAAAGGAAUACAAGAAGUGCUUCAAAAUUUUGAGAAGGUAAUGAAGUUGUUUUUCCAGCACUUGGACGAUCCACAUCAUAAAGUAGCGCAGGCAGCACUUUCAACACUGGCUGAUAUAAUUCCAACCUGCCGAAAGCCAUUUGAGAGCUAUAUGGAGAGGAUCUUGCCCCAUGUUUUCUCUCGGUUGAUUGAUCCAAAGGAGUUAGUAAGGCAACCCUGUUCGACAACUUUGGAAAUUGUUAGUAAAACUUACAGUACGGAUUCUCUCUUACCUGCUCUACUCCGUUCUUUGGAUGAACAGCGAUCCCCAAAGGCAAAACUGGCUGUUAUUGAGUUUGCUAUCAAUUCUUUUAAUAAGCAUGUAGUGAAUUCUGAGGGCUUUAGUAAUAAUGGCAUCCUAAAGUUAUGGCUUGCAAAAUUGACACCGUUGGUUUAUGAUAAAAACACCAAAUUGAAGGAAGCAGCCAUUACAUGCAUUAUAUCUGUUUAUUCACACUUUGAACCAGCAGCUGUCUUGAAUUAUAUACUUAGCCUAUCAGUUGAAGAACAGAAUUCCUUGAGACGAGCACUUAAACAAUAUACACCUCGCAUUGAGGUGGACUUGAUGAACUUCUUACAGAACAAGAAAGAACGUCAACGACCGAAGUCCUUGUAUGACCCAUCUGAUGUAGUUGGAACAUCUUCUGAGGAAGGUUAUGUUAGCAUGUCCAAAAAGAGUCAAUUCUUUGGUAGGUAUUCAGCUGGUUCUCUUGAUGAUGAGAGUGGUAGGAAGUGGAAUAUGAACCAGGAAUCAACCCUAGUAACAAGGAGCAUUGGUCAAGCUACUUCUGAUGAACUUCGCGAGAAUUUGUACCACAAUUUUGAUUCUGGUUCCAGCAAUGAUGUUAUUAAUAUGAAAACCAAAGAUGUGCAUUAUUUGGAAAAUUCCACACAACAGAACCUGGGAUCACGGACAAGUCUGGUGGAUAAUGUUGAUAGUAGUGUUAAUAUUGAUGAUUUGUCUUCCCUGCAUUUGGUUAACGGUGAGAAUGAUGAUGGCCAAUUAGGAAUUGCUGAAAACAUUGCAUACAACGACGAGGCUGCUCUAGACCUGGAAUCUCAUCAACACAAAACUGUAACUGUCAACUCCAUGGUGGACACAUCCCCUAGCAUUCCUCAAAUUCUUCACCUGAUCAGUACUGGCAAUAGUGAAAGCCCUUCUGCAAGCAAAUGCAGUGCGCUUCAACAGUUAAUUGAAACUUCUAUAAGUAGUGAUCCAUCCAUUUGGACCAAGAAAACGUCCAAGGAAAAGCUCCAUGAUGAUGUUGAAUCCCAAAAUGAUGAAACCAAUCUCUCUUGAUUUGAAGGAAGUGCAAAUAACCUAGGGACACAUACUGGAAGAAUUGUUUAUCCGAACUCUGAAGGAUGAGCCAUAUUUAUUUAUCUUUUAAUUACUCUUUAAGAAACAAAUUUCAUUGAUGCAUGAAAUUUACAAAAGGGCACCAAACCAAAGGAGUUAGUAGUUACAAAAGACUUCUCCAAUUACUCGAAAGAGAUGAAAGAUCAUAAGAACUAUAUGAAGAUGUACAUUUGACCACGAGAUAGUUAGGGUUGAGCUAAAAAUAAAUCCUUUGACCAUGCCACCAAGUGAAAAACACCAAUGCUUUCAACUUUUACCUUGUUCACCUGUGGACUUCUAAGACUUAAGUACGCCAGUUAAUACUUUUCUCCAGAAGGGAGUUUUGGUUCCUAAAUGAACACCCCCAACCCCAUUUAAAAAUGGUUGCCAAGUUUCUAUGCUUAAAAGUUCCAAUUCCGAGUUCGCCUUUAUUUUUAACCAUGUGGUUUAUGCUGAUUUCUUCCCUUCCCUGAAAGAAGUCUUCAAUAGACAUUCCGAUUCCUCACUAACCAUGGAAGGCCUAAGAAACAAUGAUGUAUAUUUAUAUAUUGAGCAAAUGAACAACUUUCAUUGAGAAAAAAUAAAAGUAAACAAUGUCACAUUAUAUAUAUGUAUGCAUAAAAGAAGCCAAUUGCAUAGUCAUACAGCCUUCUCUUGAGAGAUUUGGUAGUAAAACUAGUUUUUGUGGUUCAGGUUUGGGAAUGCCAAGACCCGCAUGUCCUCUUGGACUUGUAGAUUUAUAACAAGGGGGCAACCAACCCCCUUCAAUGUUGCACAAUCUCAAGGAAUUUUUAAGUAGCUUUUUGAUGUUCUUUACUUUAUCACUGGCUGAAUUGCAUGAAGUUUAUGUCAUGUGGUAAAUGGCGAGAUUGGUCAUAAUGCUUUUAUAAUGGUGAGCUAAUUGCCGUUGGAUGAGUAUGCAAGAGUUCCUUCUUUGAAGUUUGUUCUGUGCUCAAUGCUGGGAUCCAAAAUGAUUUAACCUAAAGGAUAAAAGGGAGAAUUCUUCCGGAAGUAAAAUAUAGAAUCUUUAUUAAAUAUUUGAAUGAAAGAUGAAAAGAAUUCAUCAUUCAUGAGAUGGGACUCCUAUAUAUAGAGAAUAAGGUCUUAAAAGGAAACUGAAAAGGGAUUGAAGUUCAAAUGAGAAACUAAAAAAAUAUUAACCAUGGAAUUACCCAAGAUUGUCUAUUGUUUCCCUCAUUCUCCUUACAUCAGAAAAUGAGCGUGAGCAAGGAAUAAGGAAUCCCUUAUCUUUACUUUGCUCCAAAAUCUUGUGCUCUUUUGCUAUAAGGAUUUUGUCAAGGUACCCCUGUGGUCUGUAUACACUGACAAACUUCUUCAAGAUUAAGCUUAACAAUGAGACUCCUGUUAGCUGUUCUAUUUGGGUGUAAACUCAUUCACAAUAAGGAACGUGACAAGGAUUUGCUUUCUUGAGACCAAAUUCUUGAGACCAAGAAUUUAAUGAAGGUGCUUUUUCACGUUGAAAUUUUGGAACUUUGAUUAUUGACUCCUUGGUUUCUCAUGAACCCAUCUAGUUGUAUUAAAGUCUCCUCAAGCACCAACUACUACUACCGUCAUCUGCCCUCACAAAAUCUGGAGGGAUACUGUACCUGUAAACUCUCCCUGUCAUGAUAUAACAUUUGCUGUUAUGGCUAAGAUCCUGCAUUGAAGCCCAUCGUUAAAGGUCAUUUUGUACAGUAUCUCUUGCUCAAGUUGAUUGGUCUCUUCCUUUGUGAAACAAUGAGAAGGUACAUUACACUAUAAAUUUACUCUUUUUGAAUCGAAGAAAAAAGGUACAUUGUGCAACACACCUCAACCACCAGUGUAUAUUUUUGGAUCUUGAAAUAGACUUGAUUGUAUUUUCUUCCACAUUGUCCAACUUGUGCUCUUAAAGAAUAACCACAACAGGUUGCUAGAAAA